CCUGAGUUUUAUUUUAAUGCAAGCAUUUUCUUAAUUAUCGGUUUGAACGAUUGUUUUAAAAGUAAAAUGUCAUUACCACGAACUAAGAAAAUGAAGAAUCUAGAAAUAACUUUCGAAAAAAUCAUCUGUUUCCUUAUAGCAUUCGGAACGCCCGUACUCUUCGCUUUUCACAUGCUGGUAAUAAGGCCAAAACUUUUGCAAUUUUGGGACCUCAGCUUCACCAGGCUUAGCUUCCACGCUCUCCUUUGUACGUACAGUUUCGUAAAUGUAUUUGUGAAUAUGAUAAUGAUUUUAAUAGUGGACUCGAGCGCAAACUCAUAUAAACAUGAAGAUGAAAGAUGGAGGUAUUGCCAACGAUGCGAGAAAUACCAACCAGAUAACAGCUGGCAUUGCAAGACUUGCAAUGACUGCAUUCUGGACAGAGACCAUCAUUGCUUUUGCUUUAACCAUUGCAUCGGACGCAACAAUUUGAGAUACUUCAUCUGUUUCCUAACUCAUAUGGAAAUAUCUUUAGCGCUUUGUAUUUACUACGAUUGCUGCUGUAUAACUUCGGAAUUUAAUUUUAAUAGUUUCCUAGAUAUAACUUCCUGUGUCGCCGAAAUUAUAAGGCCUUCUUACUUUAUGAGAAAACAUCUAUAUGCGAUAUUGUGGUAUUUCUUUGUAGUAAUUUUCAUUUUAUGCGGACGUUUGUUGUGGUACCAUUUGGAUAACGUUUGGAAAGGUAUGACGUCAUACGAGUAUCACAGCGGGAGAAUCCCGAAAACAACAUAUUGGAAGAAGAAUAUGAAACGUGUUUUUGGUGUUCGGUGGUAUUUAGCUAUACUCUGGCCUUUCGUGGAUAGCCCUCUGUUUAAACUUUAUAAAAUAAGAUAAGCGAUAUGUUAUAUUACAUUAUAAAAUUGA